UCUUCCAGUACUCCUGCUGUUCCCUGUCUACCUCUUGCCCUUUGUAACACAAGCAAACCAGUUAACUGUCGAUUGCUCUUUCGGAGAGCCAGACUUGGCAAGUAACCUUACAAUGUCUGCCAUGGUUACAGGCAGACUUGCAGCUUCCAAAUAUCUGAGCCACUUAUGUGUUGUGAAGACAAGUGGAUCAAGCCAUCAAAAACGCUUCUUGCAGGUGAAAGCCAAAAUUGUGAACAGCAAAUCGAAUGGAUUUUUGCAUGCAUCAGUGUAUGGAGCAGAUGAACCCCUCUUACUGGGCAACUUGGAUGUUUGGAAAUCGAGAGGUGACUGGAGUUCUCUCAUCAUAUGUCCGUCACGUGACCACAAUAACAAAGAUCAAGAAAAACAUCUGGUACUCUCAGGAACACCAAACCUUGCUUUUAAAGUGCAGGUAGAAAGCUCUGUUUUAGGAAUAGUGCUCAAUAAACCACUGACUUUCCGUUUAGGUCCAUAUAAACCAAUCAAAGUAUUUCAGUUCAUCCCAACAGAAGACAUCUCAGAUAUGCAGCUUGAUGUCACUGUCACUUCUGAAUCUGACGACGUACCAGCUUACCUAAAAGUAUCACGUGACUGCAAGGAUGUCAAUGAGAACAUUGACGUUGUUGACUAUAAGGGAAAGUCGAUUCGCCUGUCUUUCGCCAAAAAGGGACGGAUUACUUUGUCAAGAGUUUCUAUUCCACCAUUGACUGAUUCCACCUCGAGCUGGUUUAUUGGAAUUGCAAUUAAGAAUGCGACAGGUGAGACGCCAAAUGAGGCGACUAAGAGUGUGACAUUAACUUUGAAAAGAUCAUUUGAUUAUUCCUACUUUUGUCCCAUAUUUCUCUUGGUCGCGUUGUCAGUAGGCUGUGGUGCCGCAGUGGCGUGCUGCGCUAUUCGCUGCUUUCCAAUAGCUUCCAUACAUUUAAUUCUGACCUCUCGAGAAAGAGGAAUGGAAGGAUGCUGUGAAUUUAUGUGGAACUGGUUCAAACGUGGUCCCAAAACAUACUCAUACAUAACUGGUAUCGUUGGCUUUGUGUUGAUGAUUGGUGCAGGCCAGUUUGUUUUCGCCGACUGGCAUCUGAUGAUACAAGAAGGAGACAAAGACACUUGUUAUUACAACGACUUUUGUUACAGGGUCAGCAAGUAUGAUGAUAUUCCAUUCAAUUUAAUGAUUAGUAACUUAGCAUAUAUGAUUCAUGGCCUAAUUCUAGCUAUUUCUGUGAUGUAUAUGGAGGCAAAACUAUUUUCUCGUUUUAGAAAUAGUAAUGAUCUCCCACCACAGUAUGCGUUUUCCAUGGGUUAUGCUUUUGCCUGGGCUUUAUUUUUCGAAGGUUGUUUUUCCCUCGUUUAUCAUCUCUGUCCAAGUGAGCUGACGUUUCAGUUUGAUACAGGGUUUAUGUUCGUCAUUGCAGGAUUGAUCGUUGUUUUGUUGUACAAUGGAAUCGAAAUGAAAGAGAAUCCGAGAAAAAAGGGAUUAGUUGACGCAGCCAAUUUCUUCCUUUACUUCCUAGUACCACUGUACAUUUUUAACUACUUUGGCACACGGAGCCAUUUAACACCUGGGCUGGUUAACGCUCCGGCUUUUUUUACUUUUGCUGCAAUUUGGUGGAUUUUAAUUACUUUCUGGACGGGUUGGAAGCUGUUCCCAGAUUUUAGUUGUUCAAUAAGUUACAUGAAAGAAAAUCGCGGUAAGUGUUUUUGGUUUUUUCUUGGUUUUGUUUUACCAUUCAUUUUAUGUGGGUUUUUUUCAAGCAAUAUUCCUGAAGCUUUCUUGUUUACCUGCAUUGCAGAAUGCAUGAUUGCUAUUAUUGGAAAUGCCUUGUGCAACUGGGAGAAAAUCAAAAGGGCAAUAUGCGCAAACAAAAAGCGCAACGUUUGUAUUCAAGUUGCUUAUAUCGUGCUUAUGGUUAUUUUGUGGUGUGUGGCUGGUUGGAUUUUUGCUAAAAAAGCAACAACAGAUAAAACGCUUUCUCCUAAAAAAUCAAGAGAUUAUAACCAAGAGUGCAUAAUUUUGAAUUUUUUUGACGCCCAUGACCUCUGGCACAUUUUAUCAUCCCAUGCUCUUCUCAUGUCAGCGUAUGUGGUCAUGUUUAUGAGUCACAAGGAGGAUUAAACUGUCAUGACUCAAAAUCAGGAAAUAGAAUCCAAAAUGAGAACAAAACUUGGAAAACUGUU